AUGCUCCGCGCCCUGUUCGUCGAACUCAUGCAGACCCUGAGCGCUGUUGGUGUCAAGGACGUGCGCCUCAACAUGGACAAGAUGAAGCUUUUGGAGUCGCACGCCAGCGGGCGAGAGCACGAGAAGAAGGAGGCGAUCCAGCGCACGGCGCAG